AUGGUCGCCCUGCUGAAUGCUGGAUGCUUCUUUGGAGCGUUGGUGCCGGCGCUGUGCGGCCACCUCUUCGGCCGUCGCCAUCUGCUUGCCAUCAGUGCAUUCUUUCUCAUCGUCGGCGGCACGAUCCAGACGGCAGCGCAGCCUCCGAGCAUGUCGUGGAUGUACGGGGGCCGGGUGAUUGCCGGGUUCGGGGUGGGCAUGGUGUCGACUACCGUGCCGAACUACGUGGCGGAGUGCUCGCCCAAGCAGUACCGCGGCCUGCUGAUGGGGUUCUUCGAGAUGUUUCUCGUUACUGGCGGCGUGCUGGCCUACUGGACGACCUACGGGGUGUCAGAGCACCUGGCCGAAACCAGUCGGCAGUGGCGGGUACCUCUGUCGCUUCAAAUUAUUGUGGCUUGUCUGAUACUCGUUGGGUCGUUCGUAAUUGUGGAGUCGCCUCGCUGGCUCGCGAAGAAGGACCGAUGGGAGGAAGCAGAGCGGUCGUUGUGCUACUUGCGCGGUGCACACCCUCAGGAUGAGGACAUUGUCGCUGAGCUGGCUGACAUCAAGGCCCAGCUGGUCCGCGAGCGUGCAGCAACCGAAGGACGAGAGAUAGCAGAGUUACUGCAGAAAGGUAAUCUGCGCCGUCUGGUGUGUGGAGUUGGCGUUGCGCUGUUUAGUAUCUGGACGGGUCAUAAUGGCAUUCUAUACUACGGGCCGGCGGUGUUUCGACAGAUCGGCUAUACCAGUCAGAAUGCGGCAUUGCUGGCGUCUGGGGUCUUCACAAUCAUCAAGUUUGUGUGCACUGUGCUGUUCCUCGUUGCUGGGGUUCAGCUGCUGAAGCGGACGCAUUUAUUGACCCUUGGCGGUCUACUGAUGGGUGUGCUGCUGUACGCACUCGGAGCGGUUUUGAAGGUGCAUCCUCCUGCUCCCGGGACAGCUGGAAGUCCUCCUGCUCAAGGAAUGAUGGCAUGCAUCUAUCUCUACGUGGCAGCGUACAGCUUCUCCUGGGGACCAUUGAGUUGGAUCUACAUUGCAGAGAUCUUCCCCAUCCGCAUCCGUGACUAUGGAAUGGCCAUCUCCACGAUGGUGAUUUGGCUGAUGAACUUUGUUGUCUCGAAAAUCACCCCCAUCGCUGUUCUGAAUAUUGGAUGGAAAACGUGGAUGAUGUAUGGCACAUUCAACAUCGCUGGCUGUCUCUUCGCCCUGUCGAUACCAGAAACUAAAGGCGUCUCUCUUGAAGACAUGGACGUCUUGUUCGGGGUGGUCGAAAAGCAGCACUCGCAAGUCGAGGAAGGAGAUGAAGAGGCACGGAUAAGCAAGGAGUAG